AUGACAAUAACGGAGAUAGUAAAUGUGAUGGAAGCAAAGAUGGUAACGGUAACGGUGACAGUAAGAGUGAUGGUGAUGAUAACGAUUACAGUAACGGUUACGGUAACGAUUACAGUCACGAUAGCGGUAAUGGUAACGAUCAAGAUAACGGUAAUGGUAAUGGUGAUGGUGACAGUUACGGUAACGAUAAUAGUAAUGGUAACAGUAACAGUGACAGGUAACGGUGAUGGUUACAGUACUGGUGAUGGUAACGGUCACAGUAACAAUGACGGUAACGAUGACGGUAAUGGUAACGGUGAUGGUGAUAGUAAAGGUAAUGGGGAUGGUCAUAGUAACGGUAAUGGAAACGAUAAUUGUAAUGGUAACAGUGAUGAUUAUAGUAACGGUGACGGUAAUUGUAAAGGUAACGGUCACAAUGAUGAUAAUAGUGACGGUGAUGGUAACGGCGACAGUGACGAUAACGACAACAGUAAUGGUAAUGAUGAUAAUGACAGUAAUGGCGAUUACAUUGAUGGUCACGGUAAUGCUAAUAGUAACCGGGAUAGUAACGGUGACGAUAACGGUCACUAUAUCGGUAACAGUCAUAUAAUGAUGAGACGUGACGGUGACGGUAAUUAUGAUGGUGACGAUGACGGCAAUAUGAUGGUAACUGUCACGGUCAUGGUCAUAGUAACAGUCACAUUCAUGGUGACGAUAUUGGUUACGGUGACAGUAACGAUAACGAUGAUGUUAACAAUAAUGAUUACUGUAACGGUGACAGUAAUAGUAACAGUAAUGGUAACGGGAAUAGUCAUAGUAACGGUGAUGAACACUGUGAUUGAAACAGUGAUGGUAACGAUGAUGGUGACGGUGGUGAUAACUGUGGCGGUCAUGGUUACGUAA